AUGUCUGACAAUACCUCCAACCCCCCAGCAAUACCCAUGACCCUAUCUAUCAACCCAUUAAACUUUACGCGACGCUCCGAAUCACUGUCCACUGCUACCAUUUCUAUCACAGCAACCUCACACGCUUCUGAGCCUACCACUAUAUUCACAUGGCAUAUCAUAUUUAAUCUCAGGCUUGCUCAAAGGCGUAAGACCUUCAUUUGUACAGAUCUUACGACAGGUUCACCACUCCAGCUCGAGACUACCAAGGGUCCAAAACGACCACAGUUUAGCUUUGCGCUCAGCGGCCGAGAUGAUUCCUACUUCAUUACUCUGGAGCCAAACAUCCCUAUCGCCGUCACUUAUGGGUUUCUUCGCUCUGCUGCCCUUAAGGCGAUCGAGCCUUUAAGCCCGGCCACAGGUACCAACUUAAGGUAUGUGAGGAUGAGGAGGUUAAAUGGUGGCGCUAUGGGAAGAAAGAGGAUGUUAUGUCGCCUCCUGGUCAGUAUUCUCCGAAGAAAGGGGUGCGAAGAUGCGAGUGGCCCGCCGAUUAGAUUGAGUCAUAUUAUGCCUGUUGAGUUCGAGGUUGAGUGA